AUGUUGCCUCUGGAGCCGCGAUCGAUCCUGGAACAGGCGGUUGACGAGUCCACGAUGACCCCAAUGAGUCGCUUUGUGAGCAUUAUGGAGGUCUUGAGGUUUCGGGGAUUGUACAUGGCCAACACAAAGGCGUUUUCUGUCGUUGAUAUCAAAGGCAGAGAGACUUCUUCGUGGACAUGGGAGAAGCUGCACGGGAGAGCAGAGAAGAUCAGUCAGACCAUCCUCGAAAAGACACAGCUGCGCCGAGGCUCCCGUGUGGCCCUCGUCUAUAGGAAAUCGGAGAUCAUGGAGUUUCUGGCGGCGUUCUAUGGAUGCAUGAUGGCAGGAAUGACUGCGGUACCGAUCAAUGUCAUCGAGGAGUUUGCGGAGAUGACCUACAUCUUGAAUUACACCAAAGCGGAACUGGCACUGACAACGGAAUACAACCACAAGGCACUCAGCAAAGACUUGGCCUUGCACAAGGGCGUGGACUGGCCCCUUGGCGUCACUUGGUGGAAGACCGACACCAUGGGAAGCUGGAAUCCAAAGAAGAAGGAUGGCUGGCCCGACAUUGAGUUUCCCGACCUCGCCUACAUCGAAUAUAGCAAAGCACCCAACGGCGAACUGAAAGGCGUCGCUGUUAGCCAUAGGACAGUGCUCUCACAAUGUCACGCCAUCAAGCAAUCACUCGGCGCCAACCCUAAUAGGGGCUGCAGCGCCGCUCCAGCCUCGCCUUCACCUUUCACCCCCCGUUCCCAUACUGCCCCUGCAGAUAUCAAGACACCUUCAACCCCAACCAAUCCCAUUUCUCCAUCACGGCGAUUGAGUACGACUCCUGUGGAGACAAAGAAAGCUGAUGUCGUGCUGACUUGGCUUGAGCCACGGCAGCAAGUGGGUCUUGUACUUGGUGGUCUGCUGGGUGUCUAUCGUGGAAGCCAUACGGUCUUUAUCCACAGUGGCGUCACGGACACACCGGGUCUUUGGGCCCAUUGCGCACAACGAUACCGUGUCACCUUGGCAUUAGGAGACUAUGAGGGCGUGCGCGAGUUGCUGAGGUUCAGGCCCACAGAUGGGGCCAAGAAGGAGGUGCCCGGUCUUACAUGCCUCGAGACUUUUCUCAUUGAUGCCGUGAUGGUCAAGCCGCUACUGGAUCUUCAGUUCGCCAAUGAGUUUUUGUCUGACCUGGGCGUUCCCAACCCUCAGCAUGUUGUUGUUCCAAUGUCGAGUUUGCCGGAGCACGGAGGCAUGAUUUUGAGUAUGCGAGACCAUUUGGUAUUCCCAAGAGGCGCCGAUGUGAUCGACUUUGGGUUUGAGUACGAGAUUCCAAGAGGACCCUUACCAGAGCCAGGAACGCGACGUCGACCACAGGGGUACCCACCAGCCUCGAAUACCAUUUGUCACUAUCUACUGGACCGCGGUGCACUCAAAAGUAACAUGAUUCAGGUCCUUGCCACUGGAGAAGAGGCGCUUCUGCGGGCGUCUGAGCGUGGUGUUGUCCUCGUUGGCGCGUUUGGCUACGCCAUGCCUCGAGCAACACUGGCUAUUGUGGAUCCGGAGACUACGGCAUUGUGCCAACCUAAUCGUGUCGGAGAGAUCUGGAUCGACUCACCUUCAAUUGCAUUUGGAUUCUGGGAGCUACCCAAACACUCCCAGUCCAUUUUCCACGCCUUGCCAUUGAUCGUUCCAGUGGACACCAUGAUCCCUGAGGUUUACGAUCCCGUACCGGCCGGCUUUUUGAGAACCGGUCUUCUUGGUGGACUGAUCGAAGGCCGUGUGGUGAUUUUCGGACUGUACGAGGACCGGAUUCAGCAGGAAAUCGUGGAUCUGGUUCAUCCCGAAAUCGUCGAGUUUGAUUACCAUUACACUGCCGAUCUUUCCAACACAAUCUUGGAUCGCAUUGUCGGCUUUACGGCUUGUAUUGCGUUCGAGUGCAUAGUCAAUAAUGAGCAUCUGCCAGUGAUAUGCGCGGAGACUCCCAGGAGUCAACGUGGCGAUCUGGUCAAAUUAGCGGACUUUGCGAAGCAGGCAAUGCUGGACUACCACGGACUGCGACUCUACACCAUCGCCAUUGCCCCGACAGGAAGUCUCCCUCGAGCAUUUAAGAACGGGAAGCGGGUACUACACCCGGUCUUAUGCCGCAAGAUGUUUGAGCUCGGCCGAUUGAGGUUGAUGCACAUCCAUACUUCCGUAGAUGACACCGUCUUUAAUAUCCCUUUCGGAGACGAUGCCACUGGUGGCAUUUGGGGUGUCGAGGCACUUGCUGUUCGUGAGGCGGCCCUACCCUCACAUACGCGCAUGGUGCAGUUCUCGUGCUGCGAUUAUCCUAAGGAAGUCUUGGACGAAAAGACCAAAAUUAAUUUAUCGCAGUUCAGCAGUCUGCCAGAGAUUCUUGUUUGGCGUUCUGUUGUGAAUCAGGACGAGAUUGCUUUCGUUGGAGUUGACGGGCGUGGCAAAGAAACCAAAGGGAUGACGUUCCGCAAGUUCGGCAUGAAGGUCGUUUCGAUUGCGAACUACAUUGAGAAGCGUGGCGGUUUCAGGACUGGAGCUAAGGUUGUGUUGCUAUUCCCGAACGGAGUCGAAUUUGCAGCAACGGUCUACGCAUGUUGGCUCCUCGGCCUUGUCCCGAUUCCUGUUCAGUUACCUGAGGCAGCGCGUCUGCAUGAGGAUAUCACCCUCUUGAUGGGACUCUUGGCAGAACUCAAGGUAUCGCAUUUGAUCGGAAACACUGCUACGGACGACCUGAUGAAGCAGAAGACGACUAUGAUCCACAUCAAAGCCUGCAUUGGACCACGACAGGAUGCCAGCGUUCCAACGGUCUUCAAUGUAUCGAAGGCGCCCAAAUUCAGUAAGAACUUGGGCAAGGAUUCCGGCUACAUAGCGCCGCCCGCUGUUGCGCUCGCAAAGACUGCGCCAGCGAUGGUCUUUGUUCACUACUCGAGCGACAUGCGUCAAACCUUGGUGAAAGUGAGCCAUGCUGCGUUGAUGGCUCAGUGCAGGGCACAGAAGGUCCAGUGCCGAUUCAAAACUGGUAGACCAAUCUUGUCAUGCUGGAGAUCGUUCUCUGGUAUUGGGCUGUUGUACUCUUGUGCUUUAGGCGUGUACGUCGGAGCGCCGACUGUGAUGAUCCAGUAUUCGGACUUUACAACGGACCCUCAGAUCUACUUUGAGGCGCUCGAAAGACACGGAGCCAGGGAUGCGCUUUUGAACUAUGCAAUGUUGGAGCAGGCGAUGAACGCAUCGGAACCGGUCAGCGUGUCGUCGUUUAAUUUCACUGGAGUGAAGAACUUUUUGUUGAACUCUGAAGGCAGACCCCGCACAGAGGUUAACCAAGCGAUCGAGAGGCGGUUCGCACAGUCUCGACUGGAGAAGACCGUUAUCAAUGCCAUGUUUGGACAUAUGAUCAACCCGAUGGUGACAACGCGAUCCUACAUGAAUAUCGAACCUGUGCGACUUCACUUAUCUCUUAAGUCGUUGCGACGAGGAGUCAUCCAGGUCACGACGGAGCAAGAAGAUCCUACCGGUAUUUGGGUUGAAGAUAGCGGCAUUCCCAUUUGCGGAACUACAGUCGCUAUCGUGAACCCAGAGACGAGAGAGAUUUGCUUGUCGCGUGAGAUUGGUGAGAUUUGGGUCUCGUCCGACGCCAACGUCCAAUCUUACCAGGGUGCGGCGCGUGAGCAUGGCGGACGCAGCCUCCGUUACAACGUAACAAUCGCCGGAGGAGAUGCCAGGAUUAAUUACGUCCGCACAGGCGAGGUUGGGUUCCUCUGGAACUAUUCUAAGGAAAGCUUCAAUGGUGGCAAGCCAACCAGUCUGCUGUUUGUCCUGGGCUCGAUUGGAGAGACUUUUGAGAUCAACGGACUUAUGCACUUCCCCAAGGAUAUUGAGGCGACCAUUGAGCGCGCGCACCCUAAUAUUGCACCCAACGGAAGCAUUGUCUUUCAAGCUGAUCAGGCCGUGGUUUGUGUGGUCCAGGUUCGCCAGGCGGAUAACACAGUGGUGAAUCUCAGUCUAUCAUUGUUGCACCAGGUUCUCGAAAAGCACCAGUUCGUGCCCGAUGUCAUUGCGAUCGUUGGGGAGGGUGUGCUGGCCAAGAACCGGUACGGGGAGAAGCAGCGCGGCAAGAUGCUCAGUCUCUUUAUGAGUGCAAAGAUGUAA